CGGCCCUGGCUGCGCAAAGUUACAGCCAGUGGUCUACCGAAGAUCUACUGUCCCAGCGGUCACUUCUGCAUGCUGCCCGGCUCCAAGAGUCCCUGGGCUCUGAUGGAGUCAGAGAUCGCGGUCAUCCUGGGCGUGCAACCACCAAGUGCUUCUAAUUCCUCCUGCCUACCCUAUGAAAAGCGUCCAUCUGCCGGCCCUGCAAACCUUGCUCAGGGCGCUGGACAGAACAUUUCCCUGGAGACCUCCUCCUCGUCAAACUGCGAGCCUCAGCGCGCCAAGCGAGCAAGAUCGGGCGAGGAAGUACAGGAUCAUCCGAACAACAAACCGAACGUUAGUAGAAGUAAUUUGGAGUCAACACAAGCCCCAAAGGUAGUUGCUGUUGCUGCUGCUGCUACUGCUACUACCGCAACUGAGUCGGAAUCGCCCUCAUCACCGACGACAAAAUCCGUCUCCCUAUUUCCUAAUUUAGGUAAAGUGGAUGAACUGCCCUCCACGUUGUCGCAUUCAUCUGCUCAACAGACUGUCUGA